AUGAACAAAUUAGCGAGGAAAAACGCUUCAACUGAAAGGCAGCGUAGCGCUAAAAAGGGGAAUGACACCAAAAGCGGCAGUAAGAAAUCGUCCGGCGGGACGGGGUCAGCCCGAGGGAAGGAUAAGUGGAGUCUCACCGUGAGCACUCAAGUAGUGGAAAGCGCAGCAGUUCCUGCGCAGGGAGGAUCGAAAAUGGUAACACGGGCACAGGCCAAAAAGGACGGAAAGGGAAAUAUAAAGGAUGCAAAAGGAAACCCUAAAGUAGUGAAGACAAUCGCAAAAGACGCGAAGAGAGCCGCUAAAAAUGGAAAACUAAAGAGUAAAGACAGAAAGAUAAACGCUAAGGACUCAAGGAAAAAUGUGAAAGACGCAAAGCUAAAGGUUAAAGACAGGAGGACACGAAAAUCUAGCACCAUCCAUAACGCAAAACAAAAGUCAUCGGGUUCCCCGCCUGGGAAGAAUGCCCCUCUGAAAUUAUCUCUCCAAAAAAGGAAAGACUCAAGGGAAGUAAAAAAUGCAAAAUCUUCCUCCGUCGUAGCAACACGCCAUUCUUCACAUGCACGCAUGAAUCAAAAGGAAAGGGAACAAAUUAAUUUAAAGAGAGAUAAAAAAAAAGUUUUGGAGAUGACGGAAAAACGCAGCAACAAGGCUGGACGUGAAAAAAGUUGCAAAGCGAAAAAUGAGCAGCAUCAGUCAAACAAGCAAAAAAACUACACAAUAAAAAAAAAAAAAAAAUUAAACUGCACAGUUAUUAACGAAAUUCAAGUGAAGAAUAAUGUAUAUAUCUGCAAAUUUAAAAACAAGCUAAAUAAAAUUCGCAAAUACUUUUUCCCUAUAUAUAUGUAUGGCGAAGCUUCCGUAGCACGAAACAAGGCCAUGCUGCUGAUGAUUCACAUGCACACAUGCUUAUACUGCCAGAACGGGGUUCUGUGCAACUUCGCUGAAAAUUACACGAUGUAG